AGGUAGCAUUGUUUAAAGUGGCUAGUGAUAUAUUUACAUCAUUUCCCAUCAAUUCCCAUUAUUAAAGUGGCUGGAGUUGGGUCAGUGUCAAUGACAGUGUGUUGGCAGCAGCCACUCAAUGGUGGCUGUUUAACAGUCUGAUAGCCUUGAGAUAGAAGCUGUUUUUCAGUCUCUCAGUCCCAGCUUUGAUGCACCUGUACUGACCUCGCCUUCUGGAUGAUAGCGGGGUGAACAGGCAGUGGUUCGGGUGGUUGAUGUCCUUGAUGAUCUUUAUGGCCUUCCUGUAACAUCGGGUGGUGUAGGUGUCCUGGAGGGCAGGUAGUUUGCCCCCGGUGAUGCGUUGUGCAGACCUCACUACCCUCUGGAGAGCCUUACGGUUGAGGGCGGAGCAGUUGCCGUACCAGGCGGUGAUACAGCCCGCCAGGAUGCUCCCAUGGAUUGUACUAGUUCAAAAUCAUAGCUCAGAAGAUUUGCAAGUCCCUAUAGUUCAACCUUGUAGGCCUACGAUUGGAUGGGAUGUUAUUUGGUCAAUGUUUGGUCAAUAUGGCUGACCACUGCCACUCCCUCUGUAGUUUACUUGUAAAUGAAUCCUUAAAUAUUUGGCUGGUGCAGCUGUCUAGACUUGUGCUUAAUGUGCUUAAUGUCCCUUGAAUGACCAGAUAAAACCAACCCGUCUUGAUAAGUGAUCCAAUAUCACCAACAUAUUAUCACCACCAACAACGUUUUUAGUGGGUUUUAUUUUCAAAAUAUUGUUAUAUCAGUGUGUGUGUCUGUGUGUGUGUGUGUGUGUGUGUGUGUGUGUGUGUGUGUGUGUGUGUGUGUGUGUGUGUGUGUGUGUGCGCGCGAGAGGGAGAGUUUUAUUCACGCUUUAUUCAUGUUAACCUGCCUUAAAGUGUGUAAAGCAAUAUUAUCCACAGACAAAACCACACACUACCGGCGCCAUGCAUUCAGCACACGGAAUGACCCUGUCAUCUCUUCACAUUCAAGACACUUUGUUGGAACUCAUAGAACGACAGUAAAGAUAAUUCAUACCAUCCAGCCGAACACAAGUGGAUGCUUAUUUCUGCAGUGGUGACAGUGGACUUCUCAAGACUUCUCAAUUUGAGACAGUUUUGCUCGUCAAGAAAUCUGCAUAGACUGACUAUAGUAUUCAACUAAAUAAAUCCAUAUAUUUGGUACCUGCCUGGACUUGGAUGAGCUUCCUGAUGAGAGAUCCAGUCAUACAAGGAACGAGUAUGGCAUACCAUCCGUUUUUACCUCACCGGGGUCCGGAAUUUGCCAUGAGUGCAAUGUUGGGUCACCAUCCUCCAUUUUUCCCGGCCCUGGCGCUACCUCACAACGGCUCCCUCUCUCUCCCGGGCGCCCUGGGGAAGCCUAUCAUGGACCAGUUGAUGGGCGCCGCCGAGUCCGGCCUCCACUUCUCUUCGCUGGGGCACCAGGCAGCCGCAGCUCAUCUGAGGCCUCUGAAGACUCUGGAGCCUGAAGAAGAGGUCGAAGACGAUCCGAAAGUUCACCUGGAAGCAAAGGAACUUUGGGAAACGUUCCACAAGCGAGGCACUGAAAUGGUUAUCACGAAAUCCGGAAGGCGAAUGUUCCCUCCGUUCAAAGUGAGAUGCACAGGCUUGGACAAGAAAGCAAAGUACAUUCUGUUGAUGGAUAUUGUUGCAGCCGAUGACUGCAGGUAUAAAUUUCACAACUCGCGUUGGAUGGUGGCAGGGAAGGCCGACCCCGAAAUGCCAAAGAGGAUGUACAUUCACCCGGACAGUCCGGCUACUGGCGAGCAGUGGAUGUCAAAAGUGGUCAAUUUUCACAAACUCAAGCUAACGAAUAACAUCUCCGACAAGCAUGGAUUUGUAAGUUCAUCUAAUAAUUCUUUCCUGUUCCAGACCAUCCUGAAUUCCAUGCACAAAUAUCAGCCCAGAUUUCAUAUCGUGAGAGCCAACGACAUUCUCAAACUGCCCUAUAGCACGUUCAGGACUUACGUUUUCCCAGAAACGGAUUUCAUUGCUGUAACUGCCUAUCAAAAUGACAAGAUUACACAAUUGAAAAUCGACCAUAAUCCCUUUGCCAAAGGAUUCCGUGACACUGGCAAUGGAAGACGAGAGAAGAGGAAACAGCUGGCCCUGCAGUCAAUUCGCUCAUAUGAGGAGCAGCAGAAAAAAGAGAACGGAACAUCCGACGACUCCUCCGGCGAGCAGGCCUCAUUAAAAUGUUUCGACCAGGCCUCGUCUCCCGCAGUGUCUACCGUGGGGCCUCCCAACCUGAAAGAUUUCUGCGAGAGUGAUGAAGACAGCGACGAUGAAAGCAAUGGAAACCUAAAGGAUGGGCCGGACUCCGGUAAGAUCUCAACCACUACGGAGGAUGGGAAGGAUCGUGGGGCAAGCCAGACUAAAGGCCAUCAAUUUGGUGGCAGUGAUUCUAACGGCCAGUCUCGGGAAAGCGCCCGGAGGACUGAGAAAAGCCAAGCGGACUCACGACAGAGCCCCAUCACGGUGAUCUCCAGCACGACUCGGUCCGGAGAAGACUUCAAGAGUCCAAGCCGGGACCAGCCCAAAGCGGACGAGUGCAGGUCUUUAAGCAAGGAGAACUAUAUGCCUUUGACUGUUCAAACUGAAAGCAGUCCGCACUUAAGCCAGAGUCACAUGCAUCAUUUUGGAUUUCCACCGGGUUUCGCGGGACAGCAGUUUUUCAAUCACUUGGGAGGUGCGCAUCCCUUUCUUUUGCACCCCAGUCAGUUCAACAUGGGAGGCGCGUUCUCGAAUAUGGCCGCGGGCAUGGGCCCCUUACUGGCAGCGGUGUCCUCUGCAGGGGUUAGUACCAUGGACACGGCCAGUAUGGCGUCACCCUCGCAAAGCCUGACGGGAGCUCAUGGACUGCCUUUUCAUCUGCAGCAACAUGUCUUGGCAUCACAGGGCCUGGCCAUGUCUCCAUUUGGGGGCCUGUUCCCUUACCCUUACACGUACAUGGCAGCAGCCGCGGCAGCCAACUCCGCAGCCUCCUCUGUUCACCGACACCCCUUCCUGAACGCAGUGCGCCCCCGUCUCAGGUACAGCCCAUACUCCAUCCCUAUGAGCGUUCCGGACAGCAGUCUGCUCACCACAGCCAUCCCCUCCAUGGCGAGCAGUGCGGCGGAGCUGAAAGGGGACGGCAUGGCCACGAGCCCCGUCUCCGCCACCCUGGACUCCACCUCGGAGGUCACCAGCAGGUCAUCCGGCUCGGUCUCCCUGUCCCCAAAAAUGUGCUCUGGGAAAGAUUCCAUGAACGAGUUGCAGAGCAUUCAGCGUUUGGUCAGCGGACUUGAUUCCAUACAGGACAGGUCACGAAGCGUGUCCCCGUAGAUGUUAAUGUUGUUGUUUUUGUUGUUGUUGUUGUUGUGAUGAUCAUAUAAGGACGAUGAGGAUGAGUAUGACGACACCCUUCUAGCGAAUGCGGGUUUAGAAAACUGACCUAUUGAACAGUUUAGAUUUUGAAAUGCACUUUGGUUAAAUACACAUCUCAUAUGUAUAUUUCUCUUUUGUUAAAUUAAACAACACUUUUGAAAAUUUCCUGUUAUUUGAAUACCAUACAAGUAUUGAAACUGAAAGGUUGGCAUGGAUAAUACUCACAGAUCUUUGAUAAGUUGCUGCUGUGUGAUGUCCUAUGUAUACGUUUGUUUUACGUCGAGUUGCUGAGGUAACGAAAUUUGUUUGAUUUAAUGUGCACUCUGAAUUGGUUAUAAUUAUUUGAAUUCACUUCUCUUUAUCUUAUAAAGACUGCUGUGUUUGAUGUAUUAACUGCAUAACUAUUUGAAGCAUAUCAUUAUGCUUAUCGGGGGUAGGUGACACUUUGCAUGCCCUACAAAACGCUACAUGUCUCUUUUAUGACUGUCAGUUUGUUGUUAUGAUUUAUUUUCACGACCAAAUUCAAAUUAUACGAAUAAGGCUAAAGGAAUGCUUCAGGCUGAUCUUAAAACCAAUCUGGAGGAGAGAGAAAAAAAUUGCUCCCUCUCUUUUUUUCUAAGGAAUCAAUCAAUUGGUCUUCGGUUAUUGAUUUUACGAACGAAUGUCUCUGUGUGUCAAAUUAUAAACGCAGGAUUAUGCUGCGAAAAUCCAUAUGCUGGCACUUGUUUGAAGUAUGCCAAAACAGAACCGAGGUUAUAAACUUCAUGUGCGAGUGGUUGAGACUGUCCUAAUUUCGCAUGCCGAAUCCAACAUAAGUAUUCAACUGGCAAAGGGAAUCUGAAAUACAAUUGAAAAGGUAAUAUUGAUUAUAAAUGUAAAUAGUGAUAUAUACAAAUAUUUAUGUAAUUAUUUCAUAUUGAUAUUGAUAUUGCGUGUAAAUACAACGGAGUAGUUUGAUUUUAGGGAUCUGUCCUUAAUUUAUUGUCGAUACCUGUGUAAAGAUAGUUCGUAGGCUAUUACCCUUGUUUUUCCAUCUGCAUUUUAUAUCCCCCUGAAUACGGAUUUACCUGUACCUCAAAUAUCCACAGAGCUAGUUGUUUUAGCGGACACACAUGUGCCAUUGUACCUCUAGCCUACCUGUUGUCUCUGUGUGUUAAGUGCUACUGUUCAGACGAAUGACAGCGAGAGCACACAUCAACACCUUUUGAAAAGAAAAAAAAACAUUCGUCUAGGUGUGUGUCAAAUUGGACGAAUUUUCUGUUUAAAAAUGCUUUGCGGCCUGAUAGUAAAAAUGCUGCAUCUUAUUGAAAUAUGAAGGUUCCUUUUGUGUUUCUAAAGUUGUCAUUGGGUUAUGUUGUAUUCGGUUUUUGUCUAGUUUACAACACCAACGAUGUGUUCUUGAAAGUGUCAAUAAAAUAGUAAAAUGCAGUCUC